AUGGAGGAUGAGGACGAGGACGUGGAGCAGAUCACGGCCGCCACGCUGCGGGGCCAGCCGCGGCCGCUGCCCCUGUCGGCGCUGUCCGCCUUCAGCUUCAUUCCGCCGCGGCGCCAGGACCCCAAGGAGCACAGCUACUACGGCCGCUUCGGCCAGACAGGAUGUGUCUCCCUUUACGACUGUGUUUUCAAGAGGCGCCUGGAUUAUGACCAGAAGUCGCACCGAGAUGACAGAGAGCAUGCGAAAAGCAUGGGGCUGCACGUGCAGGAGGAGGAGCGGGAGCGGCCCGUUGGGGUGCUGACCUCCUCCAUGUACGGGAGGCGCAUCCACCUGCCGGUAGAGCCGCUGAUCAGGGAUCACGGGCGCGCCAACCACGUGCAGGCCGACUUCUACCGGAAGAAUGAAAUCCCCUGCAUCAAGGCCCCUGGCUUCGGCCACAUCUCUCCAGCCUGA